GUUGCUUUUAUUUGUCACAAUUGAUAACCUUCUUACUAAUAACCAAAGUUUUUGUUCAACCUCAUCAGACUAUCAACAAAAAUGGCCGAAUCUCUUGCCUCUGCUGCUGUCGAAAAUGUGACAAACCAGGCAAUGGAAUGCGCAUCACCCUAUCUCCGUUACUUUUUCUGUUAUGGUGAGGUCAUCUAUGAGGACGUUGAGGACUGGCUUAAAAGGGCUGAGAAAGAACUGGAAGAAACCCAGAACUUGCAAGAUGAAAUAGAUUGCGUCAAGUGUUUCAAACAGUGUCCUCAAUGGGGCUGGCGAUAUUGCUUAAGUAAGAAACUGGCAGAGAAGACUCCUAUUAUCUCUAAACUUUUACAGACUUCUAACUUUGCACAGGUGGGCUGUCGCGGUUCUCUUCAAGGAAUAGACUUCAUCACAUCCACGCAUUUCAUGGACUCUAAAUCUUCAAAAUCAGCUUUGAACCAGAUCAUGGAGGCUAUGAAAGCUGUCAACAUGAUCGGACUGUACGGAAUGCCAGGAGUUGGUAAGACAACUUUAGCCCGUGAAGUUGGGAAGCAUGCUGGAGAACAAAAGCUCUUUGAUAAAGUUGUGAUGUUUACUAUGUCCCAAAAUCCAAACAUCAACAAUAUUCAAGAUAAAGUUGCAGAUGUUUUUGGUUUAAAAUUUCAAACAAGUAACCGAGAAGGAAGAGCAGAAGAGCUAUUCAAGAGUAUGCGACGAGUGAACAAAAUCCUCGUAAUUGUCGACGAUCUCUGGGAAGAAUUCGAAUUGAAGAUUAUCGGAAUUCCAUUCGGUGAUGACCACAAGGGUUGUAAAAUUCUUCUGACUACACGUCAUCAACAAGUCUGCACUAAAAUGAACUGUCAGAAGGAAAUUCAACUUGCCAUCUUAUCCGAAGACGAAGCAUGGCUUUUAUUUCGAGAUCAAGCUGGUUUAGAAGGUAACAGUUCCGCCUUGAAUAAUGAAGCCAAAGAGGUUGCUGCUCAAUGUAAGGGAUUGCCUCUUGCAAUUGUUGUCGUGGCCAAAGCUUUGAAAUGUCUGAGUUUAGAUUUAAAUGGGUGGAGAGCCGUAAAUCAGAGAUUCAAGGACUCGAGGGCCCGAGGCAUUUGGAUAAUGAGGAAGUUCUCGGGGAUGUCCUCAAGCCUCUUAAGCUUAGCUAUGAUUAUUUGAAGAAAGGCAAUAGCCAAAUGACGAGGAAUGACAUCCAAAUGUGUUUCUUACUAUGUUCCCUUUUUCCUGAAGAUUUUGAAAUCCCUAUUGAGCAGUUGAUUAUGUGCGGAAUUGGAAUAGGAUUGUUCCCUAAUGCUAACUCGAUUGAAGAUAAAAGGAAUGAAAUGGUUAUGGCACUUAAAAAACUCCAAAAAUCUGGCUUGUUAUUGGUAACUGAUGAUGCAAAAAGCCGAAGAAUGUCAAUUUUUUUCCUUUUGGGAACUGAUUAUGGAGAAACGAUAAGCAUGCAUGACGUGGUUCGAGAUUUUGCUCAUUGGCUAACAUCAACCGGAGAAAAUAGGUUCAUGGUAAAAGAUAAGUUGAAAGAAUGGCCUGAUAUGGUUGAAAGUUUUGAAUGUUAUACUGCAAUCGCUUUAUGGAAUUGUAGUAGUAACAUAAAAUUUCCCGACAAAGUGGAAUUUUCAAAGCUCAAGACUUUGUGUCUUGAGGGGGAGGAUUGGGAUGAUUUACUAGUGGUUUCCAGUACAUUUUUUGAAGAAAUGAAAGCCCUCCAAGUUCUAUAUCUCGAAAAAGUCUAUUUCUCACUGAAAGGAUUCAAUUCCUUACCGAAUCUCAAAACUUUGAAUUGUGUUAGUUGCGAGCUACUUCUCAUCAUCGCUGACAAAUCUUGAGAUUCUUGUAUUGAUUGACACUAAGAUUUAUCAGAUAAGUGAAGAAUUGGUGAAAUUGUCUACACUGAAGUAUUUACGUCUUUCUAAAGAAUCCAUAUUCCACCAAUAUUAUGAGGAAUCAGAAAUGAGAAUCCAGCCAAGCUUGGUAUCAAGGUUGACUUCGUUGCAAAAGUUACAUGUGCAAAGCAAAAACACUAUCAACUUAAUGGAAUUGAAUUUAUUCUCUUGUUUAACUGCGCUAUCAUUGAGACUUUCUACUGAUCAAUUUUCUCAAGAAGAUUUUGUGUUCCCUAAACUACAAAUGUACACUAUAGUUGUAAAUGAGCGUUUUACCUAUGAGUGGGCGUUUAGGACAUUGAAAAUUCGUAACUUCUCAUCGUCAUUGAGUGCAUUUAGCAAUUUAUUUUACAAUGUGGAGAAGUUGAAGUUAAAGAAUGUUAGUGGACAAAAGAACAUUGUGCCAAGCAUAGGUGAAAUGGAAGUAAAUGAGUUGACUUAUUUGAA